AUGGCAGCACUGAAUUUUUUUUGCCACCAAGUGUGAUGAAUUUGAAAAUGUAGUUUAUGUUUUGUUUUCUUCUUAAGCUGUAUUUUAAUUUGAUUUUCCAGAUUUUGAUAGUUAAUUUGUAAAUUGAUCUUUUAACUUAUUGUGUCACAAUGUCACAAGAAAUUUCUGAAAGAGGAUUUCUUGACCGAUCUACUAGGAAAAGAGUGUCUGGAAGAUUAAACCGUCUUUACUCUUCUAGAUCAGGUAAUAUAAAGGAAGAUGAUCUGACUACAGCUCGAUCAAAAUUGGAUAACAUAUUGGAUAGGAUAUCGAGAGGUGAAGAAACAUUUGAUGAUGACUAUUUUGAUGAUGCACCCUUUGGUAUGAACUCACCAAUUAAAUCAAAAAGAUCUCGGGUUCCACGAAAAACUGCAAAAAAACCGCGAGAAGACGAAUAUUCAAAAUCUUCUAGUUUCAUUCUGAGAUUAUUUGACCGAACAGUUGAUCUAUCCGAAUUUUGUACUAAAUAUAGCGAUACAGAUCCUCCAUUAUACCCUAUCUGUCGAGCAUGGGCGCGUAAUUCUGAUUUAUCUAAUGAACAAGACUCUGUAGACGAAGAUCAAACAGCAGCCAAUGAUUUAGAAGCUAUGGGCAUUGGAGAACCUGAUAAAUCUACCGGAUUAUAUGUUUUACCGCCUCCAGAUCCAAAGCCAGUUGAUGAUAAUGGCAAUGAAAUUGAUUUACGAUUACCAAAGAGUAGUACAAUCAAAAAAGGACUUUGUACGAAUCUCAUCGAUAAAUCACUCAAUUCAAUGACCGACAAAAACCGGGACGCUCUUCUAGAUGCAAGUUUAUCUCGAUGGCGUACAAUUCGACAAGAAUGGCGUGAAGCAUCACUCCUGAAUCAAGAAAGAUAUAGACCAAGUUUCACAGUAAUACAAGCUUUGUCAACUGUUCCAAGCCAAGCUCUUGAUGAGGAAAUGUUGUCAAAUAUGUAAUUAGAUUUAAUCAUCUUCAAGCUUCCUUCUCAUUGCCAACUUUUAUCAGCAUCCAUACAUUUGCAACUGUUUAUAGAUCAAUAUCAUGCAUGAACCAUGAAGGUUAUUCGCUUUUGUAAGUUUUCAUCAAUAUAACCGAUAUUGAUUAAAAAAAAGGAUUCAAAUGAGAUAGUUUGUUUUCAAGUGUUUACAAUUAUAUUUAUACACAUUAUAUCACCAUCAAAGUUAAACUUGGUCAUUGACAAUGUUAGCCAAUUGUACAAAAUUAUCAAAUUUAUUCUAAUACAAUAUGAUCCUUGGUGCACAAGAUCAACAAGCAACAAAAAAGUGGAUAGGUAGAGAAACGCAGAAAGUUAUCCAAUCAAUCCAGAUAAUUGACAAUAAAAGAGAAAGGAAGAAAAUUUGAUUUGAUUUUGUUUUUGUUCAAUACAUACAAAAAGUUCUAACUGAAAUGAAAAAGAAAAUUUCAUACAAAUAAACCUCAAAUAUUCGAUGUAAUCCGAUAAUAAUAAAGAUUAUGUAUAUCGA